AUGCAAUCUUCUGUGAAAUCGUCCAAGAAAUUAUCCAUGAUAACUUCACAAAGUAAUAACAACAACAACAACAACAACAACAAUAUUACCGUUGAAAAUGUACCGGUCUUCGCUUUCCCGACUACGUUAUCCUUCAUCGAGAAUGAUAAAUCGAGUUACAAGCAAAUACUUACUAUUUAUAACACUUACGAUUUUACCGUACGGUUUAAAGUGCUAUCCAAUUGUCCGUCGAAUUAUGUCCUAUCCGAUAGUGAAGGUUUAAUCAAGACUAAAUGCCGUGUCGAUAUAUUAAUACGUUUUAAUGACGAAAAACCGCUGCAAGAUUUGCAUAACAACAAGUUUCGUAUUCAGUUAUACGAACAUGGUGUAGACAAAAUCAUUGGAAAGAGAGAUAUCAAAGUUGCCGUCGAAAGCGGAUCUACAGCUGAUAAUUCCGAUAACCGAAAUUCAAUUAAUGAUAAUAGUCAAAGUUUCAUGCAACGCCAUGGCAGCAACAAUAUCAACGAUUCACAAGAUAGUGGCAUUAAUGUAAUCGUUGUCCUAUUGGCCAUUAUUUGUAUUGCCAUUUUGCUGUUACCAUUGCCAGAAGAAAAAGCGGGCAAUGUACCAACUUUUCUUCAUGUUCCUGUGACUUACAAGCUUAUUGCAUCGUUUUUACUCGGAAUGGUCACCUUGGCAGUAUUAAGGAACUAG